GGCCAUGAGCCCGGGGGCGGGCAGCCGAAGCGGGCCAGCCCGGGGGGGCCCUGAGCGGCCCAUGCGGCGCCCCGGGGCUGGGGCCGCCGGGGCCCAGGGCCCGGGCGCGGGCGGGGUAUGGGGGGCACCCUGCGGGUGGCAGUGCUGGGCGCCCCCGGUGUGGGCAAGACGGCCAUCAUCCGGCAGUUCCUGUACGGGGACUUCCCCGAGCGCCACCGGCCCACGGCCGCCCGCCGCCUCUACCGGCCCGCCGUGCUGCUCAACGGCGCCGUGUACGACCUGAGCAUCAGCGACGGCGGGCCCGGCCCGGCUCCGGCCCCCGCAGCCGGCCCCGCGGCCGCCCCCGCGGCCGCCGCAGCCUCGGCCGCCAGCAGCAGCAGCGCCUCCGCCUCAGCCUCAGCCUCGUCGGCUGCGGCCUCCGCCGCCACCAGUGCCGCCUCCUCGGCUGGGGACGGGGGCCUCCAGGAGCUUCCAGAUCUGAAGGACUGGAGCCUGCAGGACAUGGACGCCUUUGUCCUGGUUUAUGACAUUUGUAGCCCAGACAGCUUCGACUACGUCAAGGUGUUGAGGCAACAGAUUGCGGAGAACCGGCCAGCAGGAGCACCAGAGGCACCCAUCAUUGUGGUGGGUAACAAACGAGACCAACAGCGACAGCGCUUCAGCCCCCGUAGGGCACUAGCUGUACUGGUGAAGAAGAGCUGGAAGUGUGGCUACAUGGAGUGCUCAGCCAAGUACAAUUGGCACGUGGUCCUGCUCUUCAAGGAGCUGCUGAGCAGUGUCCUAGCUAGGGGAUGCAAGCACAGCCACCCAGCCAUCCGCCUGCAGGGUGCACUGCACCCCAACCGUUGCAGCCUCAUGUGACUGAUACCAGCCAGUUGGACUCUGCUGUGCUGGUUCCCAAAGACUUUCCUGGAACAGGGAAGCCCCAUCUGGAUGCACUUUCUGCUGGGAGACCCAAGACUCCCUCUAGGCCAUGUACUUUGUUGGAGGUGGGGAGGGGGAGGCUGGGAAACAGGAGCCCACAACCCAGAGCCUCCCCAGACGGGACAGCAAGGGCCAUGGGACAGGCCCCAGGGCCAGGCAAGGCCACAGCUAGGGCAAGAGGACUCCUGCUGAAUAUAAAGAACCCUGAUGCCAGGGCUUGGGAGGGUGACCCCGCAUGUGUCCCCCAAGGGCUAGUCUAUCCUGCUCAGGGCCAAAGCUGACAGAAUAAAGAGGAGAAGGAAGGCCCAGCUCCAUCUCUGGGGUGGGAUGGACUCGGGGCCGUGGCUCAGGCCAGGAGGGAUGACGGCUCUGGAUAGGGUGGGCUGGAGUCCCUUCCCUGUCACUUCUUGCUCUGUGGCAUUGACUGCAUCCCAGAGUGAGCACGCAUCCAAUCUAACCCAAGCCAUAUCAAAAACAAUCCUGUGAAAGGAGCCACCACAGCCAGUAGUUGUGCAGGCUUGGCUUAAAGAAAUUUCUUCCUGCAAUGCAAUUCUCAGCCAGGGCUCCAGAUUCUGGCCCCUGGGGCUAAGCAGAACCAGGCCAAGCCCAUGAAUGACAGCCCUUCAGAUACCAGACACCCACUGCUCUCAUAUCUAGCCCCCACCCAGCCUUCUUUCCCAAGGGCCAAACACAUCUAGUUCCUUCAGAUAGUCCUCUUAUUGAUUUGAAUUUCUUUGAGAGGUUAAGUGACUUACCCAAGGUCACACAGCUAGCAAGUGUCUGAAGCAGGUUUUGAAUUUGGGUCCUCCUAACUCCAGGGCCAGCUCUCUAUCCACUAUGGUGCCACCUAGCUGUCCCAGAUAGUUCUAUGGUAUGGACUGUAGGCCUUCACUUGGCUGGUAGCCCUCCCUGUGAGGCUCAGCAGCUUAUCAGUGGACUUCCCAGUGAGAACCAGUGUUUCACUCCCCACCUCUGUGCCUCAGUUUCCUCAACUGAAAAAUGAAGGAGGUUCCUUGCAGCUUAAAUGAUGAUCCUUUAAAGGCACCAUGGCCAAACGCAGGGCCCUUCUCUUUUGGAGGGUGUGGUAAGAGGCACAAGUGGGCAGCCCAGGACCCCUGGAAGGGAGACCAGGAGCUAGUCAGCUGAAAAAGCGAGCCCCAAACUGGAAGCUGCUGCCCUAGCAUACCUUGGCUCCUCCUCUGGCCCACC